UCUCUCACACACACACUCUCUCUCUCUCUCUCUGUCCGCUUGUCUCCUCGUCCCUGCCUUUCUGCGUAUCUGUCUUUCUCUCUCCCUCAGUCUCCUGGACCACCCGCCCCUCUCAUCCUCCUCCCCGCCUCCCCCCGAGCGCAGCCAGGAUGUUCCACACGCCGAGCCUGGAGCCCGUGUCCCUGAACGUCGGCGGCACCGUCUACACGACCAACGGCGAGACGCUGAGCCGCUUCCCGGACUCCAUGCUGGGCGCGAUGAUCCGGGGGCAGCUCCCGAGCAGCCGAGACCCAGCGGGGAACCUCUUCAUCGACCGCGACGGGAAGACCUUCCGGCACAUCCUCAACUACCUGCGGUCCUCGCAUCUCGACCUGCCCGCGGAUUACAAGGAGAUGAGCCUGCUGCGGAGGGAGGCGGAUUUCUACCAAAUUCAGCCGCUCCUGAGGGAUCUGAGCGACCGCAGCCUCAACCUGGGCAAUGCGCUCCUCCAGUGCAACCUCCUGUCCCACACACAGACCCUCCACUUUACCCUGAAGGAGGGACCCCUCAACUACGCCCUCUCCACCUGCCCCGUCACCACCUACCAAGCGCAGGUCUUCUGCACCUGCCCCUCCGUCAUCGCCCUCCUGCGAGAGGGGCUGGAGCUGAGCCCGGACCCUUCCCCCGGGGCCGGUGGUAGCCCCCCUCCUCCUCGCCACCGCCUGCAGCUCGAGUGGACCCCAACAGCCCCCGAUCUGCCGGCGGCCGAGUACUCCCGGCAGGGCUUCCGCCGCCUCCUCACCCGUCCCGAGGGCCGGGAGCUGCCGGACGCCCGCAGCCUGGUGGAAGAGGUACUCCGCCUGGCCCUGAGCCGCGGCUUUCGCCUCGACUACGCCACCCCGCUUCCCUCGGAUGUGCUGGGCUGCACGGCGCUCCGCUUCGUCCGGUACUGAGACCCGGGGAGGGGGCUGCAAUGUGCGGGAGGUGGGAGAGAUCCAGGGAGAAGGAAGGCUCGGAUACCCCUCUCCUCCGUUCGGUUGGGGGGUGGUCGUCACAGGGAGGGUAUCGGAGAACGAUAUAGAGAGGGGAGGCGUCUCCGGAGGGGAUUCCGGGUGCAGGGACUCGAAAUAGGAGGGAAGUGCUAUCGGGAAGGGAGGGAGUGGAGUUAGAGAAAUAGACUAGGACUGUAAAGUUAAGAUCCCUAAUGCUCCACCGUCCCAUCACACACUCCCAGGGUCAGGCACAGAGUGAAGCUCCCUCUACACUGUCCCAUCACACACUCCCAGGGUCAGGCACAGAGUGGAGCUCCCUCUACACUGUCCCAUCACACACUCCCAGGGUCAGACACAGAGUGAAACUCCCUCUACACUGUCCCAUCACACACUCCCAGGGUCAGUCACAGAGUCAAGCUCCCUCUACACUGUCCCAUCACACACUCCCAGGGUCAGUCACAGAGUCAAGCUCCCUCCACACUGUCCCAUCACACACUACCAGGGUCAGACACAGAGUGAAGCUCCCUCUACACUGUCCCAUCACACACUCCCGGGGUCAGACACAAAGUGAAACCGCUUUUACACACACACACACACACACACACAUCGACGCACUUGAUUUCAGAACAUAACCACCUGUGAAACAGUGAAUCAGCUGUUUGAACGACCCAGUAACUCUCUUCUGGGGUUUAUACCCCGUGAGCUUCUCCCCCUCUCCCUCCCGCCUCCACCCCUACCGCCGCAGUACUGCAUGUCCCCUCCCCGUCGCUCGGCUCGAUCUCCGCGGUCGGGAGCGAGCUCCACCCUCCCUCUUCUCUCCAGCUGAAGAGCCCCGAGCAUCCUCCGUGACGCGACGUUCCAGGGUCUCGCACAGCCCGAAGCGGCUCUCUAACACCGGCCGGUCGGAACCGACCCCGCCUCGCCACGGUAGGAUCUCCCCCUCAGCCCGCAGUGGCUGGCGGCUGUGCUCGGCGGAAGGACCCCGAGGCGCGGGGGAGAUACCUGGAGCGGGAACACCGACACACUUAGGGACCACAGCACUGCGACGCCCCUCCCUGUCACCAGGACUGUGUUCUUGGAUUGGUUUGGGCAACGAAGGGUUAACGCUCUUACCAACUCG